UGCUGUCUGCCUACGAGGAGUGCGUUCGAUUGUUGCAGGGCUCAAUGGCGGACGUAGCAGGGUAGUCGCGUACAUCACCGAGGACAAUAACAGCUCCGCAGUGGCAAUUCCUCGUCGCCGUUGGCGGCGCCGCACGAUUUCCGUUUUGCGGUCAAUCUAGCUAUACAUUUAGCGGCAGCCAUAGGUUAACCCCCCUCCCUUGCUCGUCUUUUUUCACUUUCGAGUUCGCAUUCGAGCGAGGAAGUUAAAGCCGUUCAUGCUGGCUCGAUAAGAGGCAGCUAGCUUGCGGGCAAAAUAUGGGAGAGUCUCUUGAAUUGAUCGGGAAGCGUUUACUCUUGCUUCUGGGCGACGGCGAGACUGCCAACGGAUCCGAGUGUAAGCAGACCCCGCGAUCCCGAGACUGGCUGCGGGGGACAGUGCGAGCAGUGAGCGUCAUUGGCCUGGCCGCUGCGGACGCUAGCAGUGGAGAAGCGACAACAACAACUCCUGCCGCGGGACUGACGGUGUUUGUAGAGUUUGAGAAUGCGUCGCAGCGGUGUUCGUGGGUGCAGGUGUAUGAUGAUACCGUUAAAGCUCUGUUGGUCGAGGAUUCCAUAGUUUGGGCCAAUAGGAGCGCUACUACUGCGACUGCCGGGUCAACCACAGCCUGGCCUGCUCUGGCUUUCCAUUCCAUUGUGGACAGAGUAGGUCUAGGACCUGUGCUUCCGGUGCAGUAUUUUGGAAGCAACAACCUUGAGUUCCUACCUGACAAAAAAUCUAUCCACAGUUUUGAGUUUGAAAAAGACAUAAGACAUCCUCUGCUAUUGGAGCAGCCCUCUGUGCAGACUGCCAUCUCCAGCUGGCGAAGUGAUUUUGAACUGCAGGAGAUUCUCAGGAAGGGUUCAUACACAAUUCAAGGACGGAAGGUAUGUGUGUACCAACCAGAGCUUGAGGAUUGCUGGGCGCUAGGACUUGUGUCACAACAUGACGUGAUGUCACACAUAAUGGAGAUUAUGUUGGAUAAGAAUAAAGAAAAGCAGCUGGUGGACCCACGUGUUAUACAUGUCAUGCUGGGGGAUGAAGAGCUGGGUAAGAAUGGCCGGCAAAAGAUGGACAGUGAAACAUUGAAGGGUGAUAAUAGUCGCAGACGCAGGACAGCCUCCGAGGAGGAAGACAUGAACUUGAAGCGUUUUAAAGGAGCAGCAGAAUUGGUAGCCAAUGAGCAGAGAUGUGAUGAUUCCAAUAAAAACUUGACAGAGGGGGCUGAUGUGUGGGGAGGAGACGCUGGUGAAAAAGUCAGCAGCACAACCAAAAAUGGCAGCGCCUCAGAGGGAAGCUUUCUUCAGACCCAGGUGUCAUCAUCCGAAACAAAUUGCUCCAUCCAGAUGGAUCAGUCAAAUGCUACCCCAAUGCGAUAUUACGCCCAUGUGAAAGAAAAUGGUCGGAUGCUCUCCACACAAGGGGCAGCGGACUCGACCACUUCAGUUUCUCAUACUCCCACCCCUCCACCUCUCAAACCAGCCCCCUCUGCCUUUUCUGCCACAUCUUUCCCCUCACUAGGCCAGAUGCCAAGCCUGGUCCCUGGGGCCCCAGUCCACAAAGCUUCCCCAUCUCCCCUGCCAGUCAGAGAAGAGGCCUCCAAAUCAUUUUCCAAAACUUCCGCUCUUGUGUCCCCUGGGCCCGUCACUAUUUCUUGGUCUUCGGCUGAUAGCAGUCCCAGUGUGGCAUUGUCAGCCUCUGGAGGCUUUACUCCUAAGCCUUCCACUUGGGGAAGCCAGACAGAGGGAUCUACUAAGACUGCAUUGGGUUAUCGGCUACCAUCAGCUGUGCCUUCUGCUCCUGUAUUUGGAGAGGUUACCUCACAGACCAAUGGAUCUAUGACUGGUUCUGCAACAUCCAAGGACACUUCCAGACCCUUUGGAUUUGGCUUUGGUAGAGAUAAGAGUGAGACUCAAUCCCAGCCCGACAAAAACUUGUUUUUCCAGUGCAUGACACAGAAUUCAGACUCCAACCAAGUCCAAACUGGUGCUCAAAGCCAAUCCAAGGACACGAAUUACUUUGCUGCUGUGUCUGAAACCCUGAAUAAGGAUCCCACAAGCCUUUUCAAAUCUGUUACAGAAGUGCAGAAAAAGCCAGAGCAGACCAAAAUGCCUGACAUUCACCCAACAGGGAAUGGUGUGCUUAGUAACUCUUCACCAGCCUUCCCAGGCAUGGCUUCUUCCUCUGUUGCUAGAAAGGCCUCUGCUAUUGUGGGUCCCGCAACCGCAUCGGGACUACAAAAUCUUUUAAAAAGUUGUAAUAAUGGUACAUUGACAGGGGCUGUGGUGAUGCCAUCGAAUUUUAAUCCCUCAGAAAGCCAUCAGAACCUUUUUCUCCAGAGCUCUAAAGAGCCAGUGAAUCCAGCGAAUCCAUUUUUGGCCUAUGGGGACAAAAAUAUGCCCACGUUAUUUGCUGGACUCUCCAAAGUUGAGUCUGAGUCUGACAACAAGCCUAAUCUUUUUAUUAUGUCAGAGCCACCAAAGGCCAUUCUAUCUUCUCCUUUCUCAGCACUCUCAUCUUCUGCUUCACCCAGCUCUUCAACCUCUCCUGCACCAACCUUGUCUCAAAGGGCUCAGAAUGAAGGCGCUUCUAUUAAAGAAGAAAAGUUAGUUGGGGAAACGCCAUCAUUCAAGUCGGGUAGCUCUGUUUUUACUACAGUUGACCCUGCCAGAGCAGGCAGCUCUGUCUUUGGAACAACCGCCCCCUCUAGAAUGGAUCAACUGCCUCUGUCUUUUGACCACAGCCUGACUCAGAAGUUUGCCUUGGAGGAAAGAGCACAGUCAACCAAACGUGAUUCCGACCUAAGCAGUAACAGUGACCUGUCAGACCUGAGUGAGAAUGAGGAGGGUCCAGACAAAGGUCAACCUCAUGGUGAGUCGUCACAGUCUGGAAAGGAUGGAGCCAUGAUGCCGAAAGCUAAAAUCCAAGGCGCUGCUAAAAGCCGUCCUCGUACUAAGCCUUUCAAAGUGGGCCAGUCUGUACUGAAAGACCUUAGUAAAGUGCGCCGUCUCAAGCAGUCUGGCGAGUCUUUCCUCCAGGAUGGCUCGUGUAUCAACGUUGCUCCACACUUACACAAGUGCCGAGAGUGUCGCCUGGAGCGCUAUCGUAAAUCUCGCAAUGCAGAUGACGAUAGUGAGGAUGACGAUGAUCCAAAUGUGGCUUGCCGUUUCUUCCACUUCCGAAGGUUGGCUUUCACUCGUAAGGGUAUGUUGCGCGUUGAAGGUUUCCUAAGCCCUCAGCAGAGUGACUCAAUGGCUAUGGGUCUGUGGCUACCUGCACCUACUGUGCAAGAGGGGCUCGACCUUGAUACAUCCAAGUACAUCCUGGCCAAUGUAGGUGACCAGUUCUGCCAGCUGGUCAUGUCCGAGAAGGAGGCUAUGAUGAUGGUGGAACCACACCAGAAAGUUGCAUGGAAACGUGCCGUCCGAGGGGUGAGGGAAAUGUGUGACGUGUGUGAGACCACUUUGUUCAACAUCCACUGGGUGUGUCGCAAGUGUGGCUUUGGCGUGUGUCUAGACUGUUAUCGGCUUCGUAGGAACAGGCCAAGAGAUGAUUUAGAUGAAGGUCCAGUGGAUGAGGUUUUCUCUUGGCUGAAGUGUGCAAAAGGCCAGCCUCAUGAUCCAGAGAACCUCAUGCCGACACAGAUUAUCCCUGGGACAGCUCUGUACAACAUAGGUGACAUGGUGCACCUAGCAAGAGGAAAAUGGGGUAUUAAAGCCAAUUGCCCCUGUGCCAGUCGACAUGCUAAAUCCCUAGUCCGCCAUAGUGCCCCCAAUGGGAUUUCACAGGCACCGCCGAACAGUGGUGGGAUCCCCGGAGCUACAGCUUCUGCUUUUGGUGCAACUCCAAAGUCAGAAAGUGAAACAUCAACCAUUAAAACUGAAACUACACAAACAGCUGUAUCGUCUAGUAGUGGGGCAGGGGAAAUUGUGAGCAGUACUAGCAACUCCACUAGCGGGACAUUGCCCGUCAGUAACUUUGCACAGUUCUCUGCUAAGGAGUCGCGCGCAUCAGAAGGCAACAACAGUUCUGCUCUGCACUGGCUGGCAGACUUGGCCACACAGAAAUCGAAGGAUGACACAAAAGAAUCAGGUUCACUUCGUGCCAUGAUGAAUCGGGAAAUUCGGCCUCCUUUUGGCCUGGACUCAUUGACUGCCCUGUCAAGGCCUUCGGCCUCCAGCCCUAAACUUUUUAACAGUCUUUUACUUGGCUCCAACGCGGCACAGUCUAAACCUGAAGGUUCCAGUCUUCGGGAUCUGCUCAACUCUGGACCUGGCAAGCUUCCCCAAGGCCAUGGCGAGAGUGGGGUACCAUUUCCAUCAGUCUUUACCUCUGGAGGCAAUGACAAGCUGAAGAGCAGCCUUCCCAAUUUCUUGGACCACAUCAUUGCCUCGGUUGUGGAGACUAAAAAAGCUGAAGGCCGACGCACCGGAACUUCUGAGGGAAGUGAGCUUGGUGUGUUGGGAGCCCGGAAAGAUGGAAUCAUGGGCCUAAGUGUUCUUGAACCACACACCUCGCACUCUUGGCUCUGUGAUGGGCGACUUCUUUGUCUCCAGGAUCCCAGCAAUAGCAACAACUGGAAGAUCUUUCGAGAAUGCUGGAAGCAGGGACAACCUGUCUUGGUGUCCGGUAUACAUAAACGACUGAAAUCUGAGUUGUGGCGUCCGGAGGCCUUUAGUGAGGAGUUUGGUGAUCAGGAUGUUGACCUGGUCAACUGCAGGAACUGUGCCAUCAUUUCUGAUGUGAAAGUCCGAGACUUUUGGGACGGCUUCCAAAUCAUCUCAAAGAGACUGAAAGACAGUGAAGGCAACCCAAUGGUAUUGAAAUUAAAGGACUGGCCUCCUGGGGAGGACUUCAGGGAUAUGAUGCCCACCCGAUUCGACGAUUUGAUGGAAAACCUUCCUUUGCCUGAGUACACUAAAAGAGAUGGCCGGCUAAACCUUGCUGCUCGUCUGCCUAACUUUUUUGUACGACCAGAUCUCGGACCCAAGAUGUACAAUGCUUAUGGACUGAUCUCAACAGAAGACAGGAAAGUUGGCACCACCAACCUUCAUCUUGAUGUGUCGGAUGCUGUCAAUGUCAUGGUUUAUGUUGGAAUCCCUUUGGGAGAAGGAGACAUGGAGAAAGAGGCAGAUAUCAAUGGACGCCAAGAGGUCAUGACCACUAUUGAGGAGGGAGAUGUGGAUGAAAUGACAAAGAGGAGGGUGUACAAAGGAAAUGAGAAACCUGGAGCUCUCUGGCACAUUUAUGCAGCCAAGGAUGCAGAGAAGAUCAGAGAACUUCUCCGCAAGGUGGGGGAGGAACAGGGUCAGGAGAACCCUCUCGACCACGACCCUAUUCAUGACCAGAGCUGGUACUUAGACCAGGUUCUCCGCCGUAGACUCUAUGAAGAAUACGGUGUGCAGGGCUGGGCUAUUGUGCAGUUCUUGGGUGAUGCUGUUUUUAUCCCUGCUGGAGCGCCGCACCAGGUGCACAACUUGUACAGUUGUAUAAAGGCAGCUGAGGACUUUGUGUCUCCAGAGCAUGUGAGACACUGUUUCAGACUGACACAGGAGUUCAGACACCUGUCUACCACGCAUACAAACCAUGAAGACAAAUUACAGGUGAAAAACAUCAUUUAUCAUGCGGUGAAGGACGCAGUUGGCACACUGAAGGCUCACGACCCCAAACUAGCCCGCCCGUAGUUGCUGCCCACGUGCUGUGACAACUAGCUUCCCAAGACCACUUCACUCCAACACACAUGUGUAUCCACAUAACACACACACAUGCACCCACACACCAGGGUUUCAGACUGCCUCUAAAUGUGGACAUUUUGCCCCUAAAAUCUUUGAACUUGUGAUUGUGUGACCAGUAAAUUUGCAAAAGUUUUUUGUUUUCAUCAUUCAAACUUGCUCUACAAUUAAGUCCAUUUGUUGGCAAACAUGCACAAACCCGUUAAAUGUAUUUAUCAAUAAUGCAUUGAAAAUUGGUGAAAAUGUGAAUAUUUACUCCAACAGUCGAUUUCCAGUGUGAAGCCCCAAACAAUUUACUUAAAAUUUCAGGUUAGGUAAAAAAAAAAAAAAAAAAAAAAGGUUAGUCUGGAGCCCUCAAAACACACAGAGUAUACAACAUCAAGUGUUGUUUACCAGCUGCAGUGACAGUUUGGAUAUGGCAGAAUAUAUAAAGUUAAAUUUGGGGAUAGGGGUUCAACCUUGUUUUGUGCUUGUCAGAGGGAGUGUCAAUGAAGGAAGUCCUUUGUCACUGUCACACAGUACGCGCAAAUUUGUCUAGUUCAUUCUUUUCCCCCCAAUUUGUUUUGAUUAACUGUAUUUAAGGUCAAUGUGUUUGUUUUGUUGUUUCCAUUGUAUAUGUACAAUGUUCGAGUAAGGGAGGUAAAAGCUGACGUGCCUUUGGAGCAGAUGUUCAGCAACCAUAUAAGAAACUGAUGUGUGUGUUCCAGACUUAUGUUUCUAUUUUAAUGACGUCAGUGUAUUUCAAUAGAUGCAAGGUUAACCUGUUUUUGUAGAUUUUUGUUGGUGACUUUCUUGCAGUUUUCAAACUGGGUGCUUCUACCCACAGUGGCUGAAAAUGUAUUUGUGAAGCAGCCAGUGAAGGAAGCAGACCAAAGUUUUGUAUUUUUAGUUUUCACUUAAAGGAGUCUUUUCUUUUAUACACCCCUUUAUCAUUGCAGAAGUAAUGAUCUGGAGGACUUCAUAGAAGAGGUUUUUUGGUUACUUUGACAGGCUGCAAAAGUGCAGAUUUCCAACAACAUUGUUCUAAAAUCAUAUUUGCAGCUGAACAGAACUACUGGCCAUUGACAUUGUAUCAAAAAUAUAUUGAUCUUAGCAGUCUGUUUGAUUUUUCACAAUAAAGUUAAGAAAAAUGGCAA